UUCCUCCGCUCGGGCGGGGCCGCGGGACGGCCGGGCCACCUGCUCGGCUCGGUGCGGAGGGCUCCGGCGAGGCAGCCCCCCGGCUCCCACCAGGGGCCGGGCCUCCGCUCCGGCGCGAGUCCGAGCUGUCAGCCCGUCAGUCGGCGCCGGGGGAGCCGCACACGCCUAGCGCGGGCUCCAGCCGUUGCCGGCGUCCAGCUGCCAACUUUGUGCCGGAACUCUGUCUCCUCAUUUCUCUGAUCCGUUCAGACGCGCGCCCUCCGGGGAUGUAGUAGCCAUGCCAGUGGACACGCUGAGCCACGGGGCCCCCGCCACCCCAACCUUACCUUUUCGCCUGCGGACCAAGGUUCCCGGGUACCUCCUGCGGAGACCAGCGGAGGGUGGAGCACGGAAACCCAGUGCCGUGGAGCGCCUGGAGGCCGACAAGGCCAAGUACGUCAAGAGCCUGCAUGUAGCCAACACCCGCCAGGAACCUGUGCAGCCUCUGCUGUCCAAACAGCCUCUCUUCAGCCCCGGGACUCGCCGCACAGUACUCACGCCUAGCCGCCGAGCCCUGCCGGGUCCCGGCCGCCGGCCUCAGCUGGACCUGGACAUCCUUAGCAGCCUCAUCAAUUUGUGUGAUAGUCCCGUGUUGCCUGCCGAGGCCAGUCGUACCCCCGGACGGGCAGAGGGAGCCUACCAGCACCCCCCAGCCACUCCUCCGCGCCCGUCACCCUGCACAGCUGCAGUCCGACGAGUGGACGUUCUCCCCUUGCCUGCCUCACCUGCCCGACCUUGCCCAUCACCAGGCACUGCCGCCACCUCCAGCCCAGGUCGGCCACCGGGUUUGCAGCGCUCCAAGUCAGACCUGAGUGAACGCUUCUCCAGGGCAGCCGCCGACCUUGAGCGCUUUUUUAACUUCUGUGGUCUGGAUCCAGAGGAAGCACGGGGGUUGGGAGUGGCCCACCUGGCACGGGCCAGCUCGGACAUCGUGUCACUGGCGGGGCCCAGUGCUGGGCCGGGCAGCUCUGAGGGGGGCUGUUCCCACCGCAGCUCUGCUACUGUGGAGGAGCGGGCCCAGGAGCGGGUCCCCUAUGGCGUGUCGGUGGUGGAGCGCAAUGCCCGCGUGAUCAAGUGGCUGUAUGGGUUGCGGCAGGCACGGGAGACCCCAGCAGCCGAGGGCUAGCCCUCUGCCUGGCUCGGAAUUCACCACAGGACAGAUCUUGGAGAGGCCCUUGACCUCUUCUGCAUGCACUGCCUGGGUCUCUGGGCAGACCAGAGGCAGCUCUUGUGUGAACUUGGUGUAGAGGCAGAAGCUUCCGCUUAGAACCACAUCCUCUGGCAAGGACUGAUCCUGGAGAGGGUUGCUCUUGACCCUGGCCCCUCCUCCCCUCAUACCAGGGUUCUGACAUGGGCAAACCCCUGCUUGGUUCCUCUGCUGGGGCUGGCAUCUGGCCAUUUAGCCCUCCCCAUUGGGAGUGGGGGGCCAAGGGGUCUGCCAAGUCUGCCUACCCAGUGACUCUGUUUCCUCCUUCCUUCCUUGGCUUCUGUCCCUGUUGACUUCCUCUUCCUUACCCAGUGGGCCCUAGCUUCCUGGGAACGCACCCUGGGGCAUGGGGAGGGGAGGAAGGGGCCUAUCUGCUGCUCUUCCUGCUGUGCAGCAGCUGGCUAGGUGGGUGGACCACAGGGGCUGGUUGGGAGUCUGCACUGCCCUGACUUCGCUCCCUCUGGUUAAUAAAUGCUUGUUUCUCAAG